AUGACCCCCAGGUCAUUCUUACCUCAAAUUGUAGGACUGUUCUAUGCACAUUUCGAUGCUACUUUGGGUCCAGUAGUACUACAUCAAGUACCUGAUAAUCUAAUCACAUCAAGAGCUACUACAUCAACUGGUGAAUUAGAUAAUAGAUCAAGAUCAAGAUCAAGAUCACGUUCAAGGGCACCACCACCACCACCUCCUAUAAGAGCUAUAUCACCUUCUUCAAUCUCAUCUUCAAUAUCACCUCAAUAUAAUUCAACUUUAUUGAACUUCGGUUUGAUAUCAGAAUACGUCAUACCUAAAAAAUCAUUACAUAGUAGAUUGGUGACUCUACUCACAACAGGAAUGGAUGAAGAUGAAAAAGUUGAAUAUAGAAUAAUGGGUUUCCCAAAUGUAUUGAUAGGUGAAGGUGGUAGAUACAAAAGGAAUGAAUAUAUGUGGAAUUUAUGUUUUGUUUUUCACGCUUCAAGUUCUUUGGAAGCUUUUGAACCUAUCGUAAGGAAAUGUGCUAGAAUAUUAAGGAGUGCAGAAAGAGAUUCAUCUUACUUGACUGGAUCAAGUCCUGAGCAUACUCGUCUGCCAGCUGUGCUAGAACAAUUAUUCGAGGAUCUAAAUUCGUAUUCUGAAACUUCCAUACCGCUCGAUGGCUUCAAUUCAUUAGAGUUGAAGCUCUUUCCUUUCUAUCCAAACCCACCCGACUGUGAAGACUGGCAUGUCCCAAUCGCACUCGUCAAUCUCAAUGCUCUCAAAGAUGAUAACUGGGAUAUAACAGCCGCAAGGGUUUCCGGGUAUGUAGAUGGGAUAAAUCAUGUAAAGAAGAUCGCGGAAUUGGCCGAUGCAGACGAUGCGUUGACACGAGAGACCUUGAAGCACAUGCUCUUCUACCAGGUCGUUAUGAUGAUCGAUAUCUUCCAAUAUUCCAAUAUGUACACCCUCAAACCCGCUAUCUCCCGUCUGGGAUCCGACGAAACAAUCAUCACUGAAUGUCCACCAUAUGUCACACGACCGGGCUUUCCCCAUCCCGAAUGGCCGGUAUUACUUCGUCUGUACAGCAAGCUGACACCUGGUGUGACGAUACAUGAAUGGAUAGAAAGCAACGAGGUCUUGUCAAUGGGAAUAGAUCCGCGACGAUUCGUCUCUUUUGGGAUUAUCAAAGGUUUCUUGCGAAGAGUACACCGCUGGCCCAAGAUGAUAGAACGAGGUUCGCCAUUAAUCCCACCGCCUGUGGAAGGAAGGAGAAGAGUUGGGUUCGAUGACUCAGCCAGAAUAGGUUCACAGACUACUUUAGGUACAAGAGGUGAUAACAGAUCUCACGGAGGAGAUUCGGGUCUCUCCCGACCAGGUGAAAGUGCGUUUACUCUGAGAUCAGUAGGAUCAAACGCUUCCCUAGGAGUAUCACCUACAUCAAGACAUCUAGCUACACCACCUUCUAUAAAUGGGAGAUCACCCAAUCGACGUAAUUUAGCAUUCUCAUCCAGUCAUAAUCAGCCCACGACAUCGUCAUCAACGGCGACAACAACGACACAUCUUCCUAGAUCACACGCAUCAGUAUCAGUGGCGGAUUCACAUCCAUCAACCUCAUCAAGAAGGGCAGUUGGAGGAACAAGCAAUUCUGCUUAUUCAGGUACUCAUGGUGGUGGUGGCGGUAUAAGUGGUUUUGUUGGUGGUACAGGAGGUGCAGGUGGAAGUGGUAUUAGAUUCGGAUUAAAUGCAAGACAAAGAGAAGAAGCAGCAGCUAUAAGAGCAGUUGAAGAAAUGGAAGAAGAUUUAAUAGCUUAUUUAGACGGAACUCAUCAUACUGAUGAGAUUCAAGUUAGAUUUGAAAUGGGUUGGGAUAAGUUGGAAAUGAUUCUUGGAUUGGAUCAGAUCAAACAAGGUUUAGGGAAGAAGGGCGUUACUAUGGUUUACCGAUAA